GGCUCUAUGCCCCCUCCCCAAAAUCAAGGUUCUCUAGAACUUUCAGAAGAGGGGUCAAGUUGGGACAUGCCUCUGGAAUAAGAUUCACUGUGGUGGGGUGGCAGUAGGUCAGCAGGUGAACCUUCCUCUUGUCUCCUGCUGCACAUUUGGAGUCAAUGACUGAGGUGCCAUGCCCCCAAAUCAGGACAGUGAGGAUGGAGGGAAGGAAGCUUUAGCAAGGACUCAACGUAAAAGAUGGGCAUGCUGUGAUGUGGGGUCAAUUUAGAGGAAUUCCCUGAGCAGUAAGGUUCAGAAGGCCAUGGAGAGGAGACCAUAAAAGUGAGCUACUGGCAUGUGGUUGUGUGAUAAAAGUGAUCUUGACUCUAGACCCCCUAAGAAGCUCUCUUUCUUUCUAACGUCAUCCAGUGUAGUGUUAAUCAUAAUUGGUAGUGGACUUCGGAGGUGUAGGGUUCUCAACAGAGGGAAAAACAUCAAGUAUUAGAAAUGAACAAUGACAGAGGCUUAGUUACAACUAUACCUCAGAAAUCCUGAAUCCUUGCCCCUUACACUCUGACUCUAAAAACUUUUGAACCACAGACUUGAAGGACAAUCUUCUAGGUCCUUCAGUCAGCAGAUGCUUCUUCUUCGUACCUGACCUUGUUUCUAAGACUCCUCUCACCAACCCUUCCAUUCUUCCCUAACUCGGUUAAGGUUUGAUGGUCCACAUCCCCCUUCCCCACCAGCUUUCCUAGCACAUAAAAAUAAUUGGCCUGUUACUUUAGAAGGAAUUAUGAUCCCUAGCCCUAGCCCUAUAUCCCUAUAGAACCCAAAUAAGGUCCAGAUAACCCCUGAUUCCCAGUGGGAGUGGAAAGUAGGUCAGUACUACUGUCUGGCCAAAUCUCGUGGAUGGUGUUUAGGGCUUGACUAUAGAAAACUCUAAUUAUUGCUCACAGGCAAAACAUGCAUGAUCUGGGUUCUAAGCCAGUUCAUAGAUCUUGGACCCUGUCAGUGCUGUCUUCUGUUGAAAAACAAACAAACACAAACUCAUGGGAUCACAUGCCUGGGACCUGCUUUUGUGCAGAGAUGAUUCAGGAGGUCUUGACUGGGCCUAGGAAGGUGUCUAAGUGGGUUUUGUUGAUUUGAGGCUACCCUCUGGGGUACCCUGUUUGGGAAUUCACCUUCAAUUUGGGCCUUCUUAUGUAUCACUUUUUUUUCUGACCUGGAAAAUGCUAUGUGCAAAGCAAGUCUUUGUUUUUGUUUUCUUUUGGAGAAGGAAACUUUGCCCUGUUCCUGCUCUACUUGCCUUAUAUAUGAGGUCAGCCUCCCAUGAGGUAUUUUGCUUGCUGUCCUACAGGCAGUUUUAGGGGCCCUAGAAUCUUCUCAGAAUCAGAAUAUGUGCCCAUAGGUUAGUCAGCUAUGACCAUGCAGUAUUCCCAGCCUCCCCCCCCCCCCUCCUCCCCCACCAUCUGCUUCCUCUGAAUAUACCAGAUUGGCUGUACACCAGGAUGUUCCGGGAAUCCCCAGGAGAGCAACAGAAUGUGAUGGACCCAAAUACGAUGCCUCAGUAACUCAUUCCAGGAUGUACAAACUGUAACUGUCAGGACACUCCUUAUAGCUAAUUAAAAUUCUUCUAGUUACAUCUAUUUUCUAUUACAUUUAUCUAUUUUCAGUGACAUCCAAAAGGCCAAAAUAAUCCCUCUGGUAUCACUGUUCCCCCGGCCCGCUUCCCCAUGGUUCCCAGAUAGGAAUUUUUAAAAAUCCUCUAGCUUUUCUCAGUGCUUUAUCUGUGGUGCUAAAAUGGCAAAUGUGGCCCUUCUAGCACUUCCUAGCUCUUUCUAUGGUACUGAGGUGGCCAAAGUGGCUCCUCUGGUAGCCCACUGCACUCUCCAUGGUACUGAAGGGAUGACCAUUUAUUUCAACAUCCCUCUGGGGUCCAGAAGAGUCCUGUGACUCAGAACCACAAAUUUUCAAGCUGGAAGGGACCAUCAGUAUAAAUUAGUUCAACCUUCUUGUUUUACAGAUGAGUAAACUGGGAGGUUAAGUGAUUUACUGAAGGUUGCAGGGCUAUUAAUAGUCAGACUGGACCCACAAUACCCUGUACUCCUUGGUCCUACUCUUUAAUUCACCUUUCCUGACACUACUCACUGAGUCUAGCUGGGCUCUUAGUCUCAGGAAAGGGGUUUAUUUGGAGGAUCCAGAAGAUGACCAUGGAUGCUCUAAUUUGGAACUACAGAAAUGCAAAUAUUAAAGAUGGUGGUGGAGGUUGUUUAGUGACCCUUGGAUGAGGACACUUUGCCAGUCAACCUCCUGUUCAUAAAAUUCCCUUAACCCAGAUUUCACAUGUAACAGGUACCUGCCCCUUCAUAGACUCUUAUCACAUUCAUUAAAUGUCAAAAAUUAAAGAAGGCUUGGACCUCCAGAGGCUUUUCUCUUUGCUGAUAAGGAGGGCUGACUCCUGGCCCAGUUCUCUUCUGUUAAAGAUCCUUAAGCAAAGUAAUGCUUGAGUCCUUUUCUUUCUCAGUAACCCAUUUCAGUUUCACAAUGGCUAUUGUAAGGAAGUUCUUUAUAUCUCAAAUAUUCUUUCUAUCUCAGGCAAGAAAAAUAGGUUAGGUCUACAUUCAUCUGGCCUCGACCAGACACAAUUCUAUAUGUAAGUAGGAAGUUAGGCUGGCUGACUUCUGGUUGUCCUCUCAGGCCUAUUUCUAUGAAUGUUAAUUCUGGGGUUGUUUCUAAGUCCUAAUGCUAACCUCUGCAGCUUAGAAUCAGGAGAGCCCUCCCCCCCCCCCCCCCCCCCAUCUUCUCAGUGCUCUUCUCCUUCCUCAGAACUGGAGCUCUGCACAUCCCAGGCCCAGGGAAUUUCAGCCUGGAGAAUUUUAACCCUUUCCUGCUCAGAGCAUGUGCUGAGCCCCUAUCUGUGCAGAUGGCCCAGCCCCGCCCCCCGUCCCUCACUCCAGCCUCUUGAGCUCAGAGCCAGUGUAAUCCUCCUCUUGUGUGAGGGAGCCUCUCCCCUGCAGAGAGGAGGAAAGCCUGCCUCGGAACAGCCCUGGACAAAGGGGCUGAGAUGCCCCAUCAAACUGCAGGCUCCAAGGUUUGAAACACGGGGAUGAAUCCUAUCCGGUAUUUGCAGUUUUUAACCCCUUUCCCAGGCCAGCAGAGCCCCUUAACUUCCACUCCUCCCCCAACUCUCUCUUCAUUCCCUCUCCCUCUGGCUCUCUCCCCCUUCAUGCCCCUCCCCCUCUGUCUGUCUCCAGACUCUCUGCUGCUGGGAGGUGUUUCUCUCCCAUGCAUGAAUGAGUCUCUGUAAUGAAUGGAAAUGAAUGGAUCAGGAAUCCAGGCGGAGGGAGGGAGAAUGAGGGGGAAAAGACAGAAAGACAGGAUAAGGGCAGAAGGAAGGACUGUGGAGUAUGGAAGGUUGUUUGGCUGGCUGGUCAGUUAGGGGUCUGAGAGCAACUAGUCCCACUUGGAUAACUGGGGAGCAUGGCAGGCCCACCCCAUUUGCUCAUCAAGCUGUAUAGUCCGACUUAAAUGAGAGAGGGGUGUAUUGUGAUGGUUUCCACCACCAGGGGGUGGUGAUGGUGGUGGUAGUUGGUGGUGGUGGUGGUGGUGGUUAGUGGCAGAGGUGGUGGUGGUGGUGGUGGUUUGGACUAAGCAUGUAAAAUGAAUAAUUUGGGGGAAGACAGCUGGGUUAUCAGGGAGCCUGUGGGCUGGGCAAAUCAAGGAGUACAAGUUUUGAAGACAGUAGUCCCCUCCUGUCUCAGGAUACAAGGAAGGAGAAUGAAGGGAUAGGUUUCAGCUAAGAGUGCUAAGAGUAUGGGGUUGGGGGUGCCUCUUUCCACUGCUGAAAACCAGGGCUCAUCUUUUCCUCCAAAUCUGUCUCCCUUGCUUUAGCUCUUCAGCACCUGUUGCCUUCACUAGCAGCUUUUCCUCCUCCUCUUCCCUGCACUCCCAAGAACCAAAGAAUGUGAAGGGGGUCCAUGGAGGGCUCACGUCCCCGUGCCCCGGGCGGCCACUUAGCGCCCUCGCCGCCAGCGUUCGACGGCGAACUGGAUCUGCAGCGCUACUCCAACGGGCCAGGCGUGAGCGCCGGGUCUCCAGGGAUGGGAGCAGUGGGCUGGUCCGAGAGUCGCGCAGGCGAAAGGCGCUUCCCCUGCCCUGUAUGCGGGAAGCGCUUCCGCUUCAACUCUAUCCUGGCUUUGCACCUGCGGGCGCACCCGGGCGCCCAGGCCUUCCAGUGCCCGCACUGUGGCCACCGCGCAGCGCAGCGGGCCCUGCUGCGCUCUCACCUGCGCACGCACCAGCCCGAGCGCCCGCGUAGCCCGGCCGCACGCCUGUUGCUGGAGUUGGAGGAGCGCGCGCUACUGCGCGAGGCCCGGCUGGGGAGAGCCCGAAGUUCAGGGGGCAUGCAGUCCACCCCUGCCACCGAAGGCCUGGCGCGGCCCCAGGCUCCUUCGUCGUCCACUUUCCGUUGCCCUUUCUGCAAAGGCAAGUUUCGCACCGCGGCGGAGCGCGAACGCCACCUGCACAUCCUGCACAGGCCCUGGAAGUGCGGCCUGUGCAGUUUUGGCUCCAGCCAGGAGGAGGAGCUGCUGCAUCACAGCCUGACGGCCCACGGAGCUCCUGAGCGCCCCCUGGCGGCCUCCUCGGCUGCGCCCCAGCCUCAGCCUCCACCCCAACCUGAACCCAGAUCGGUCCCAGAGUCUGAGCCGGAGCCCGAACGUGAGGCAGCUCCCGCCCCCGCUCCUGCUGCUCCCGAGGACACCCCAGCACCCCCGGAGUUCCGCUGUCAAGUGUGUGGCCAGAGCUUUACGCAGUCCUGGUUUCUCAAGGGCCACAUGCGCAAGCACAAGGCCUCCUUCGAUCACGCGUGUCCCGUGUGUGGCCGCUGCUUCAAGGAGCCCUGGUUCCUUAAGAACCACAUGAAGGUGCACGCCAGCAAGCUGGGCCCGUUGCGUGCCCCGGGUCCUGGUUCCGGGGCGGCCCGGGCCCCUCAGCCUCCUGACCUGGGCCUGCUGGCCUAUGAGCCACUGGGCCCCGCGCUCCUCUUGGCCCCAGCACCCACUCCGGCAGAGCGCCGUGAGCCUCCGAGUCUCCUGGGCUAUCUGAGCCUGCGAGCUGGCGAGGCCCGGCCCAAUGGUGAGGGCGCUGAGCCUGGGGCUGGCCGCAGCUUCGGAGGCUUCCGCCCACUGCCCUCCACUCUCCCGGCCCGGGCUCGCCGGCAUCGCGCCGAGGAGCCAGAGGAGGAAGAGGAGGUGGUGGAGGCGGAGGAGGAGACCUGGGCCCGGAGCAGGGCGUUGGGCCCUCUGGCUUCACUGCAUCCCCGCCCAGGCGAGGGGCCAGGGCACUCUGCGCCUGCCGCGGGGACCCAAGCAAGGUCCACCGCCACGCAGGAAGAGAAUGGGCUGUUAGUUGGAGGGUCCCGGCCUGAAGGGGGCCGGGGAGCCACAGGAAAGGAUUGCCCCUUCUGUGGAAAAUCUUUCCGCUCAGCGCAUCACCUUAAAGUGCACCUGCGAGUGCACACAGGCGAGCGCCCCUACAAGUGUCCGCACUGCGACUACGCGGGCACCCAAUCCGGCUCGCUCAAGUAUCACCUGCAGCGCCACCACCGAGAGCAGAGAAGCGGAGCAGGCCCCGGACCGCCCCCGGAGCCACCGCCCCCUUCCCAGCGGGGUUCCGCACAGCCAUCGGGAGCCAAGACAGCUCCGCAGCCUGCGACCUGGGUGGAGGGCGCGGCGAACCCCCGGCCCCCUUCGAGCGCUGCGCCGGGGUCCCGUCGGAAGCCUGCCAGCCCCGGGAGGACCCUGCGCAACGGGCGAGGCGGUGAGGCCGAACCCCUGGACCUGUCCCUGCGGGCGGGGCCAGGAGGCGAGGCUGGGCCGGGGGGUGCCCUCCACCGAUGCCUCUUCUGCCCCUUCGCCACUGGAGCGCCUGAGCUCAUGGCCUUGCACCUGCAAGUGCACCACAGCCGCAGGGCUCGGGGCCGCAGGCCGCCCCAGGCCGAUGCGUCCCCGUCCUACACCCCUGUACAGUCGGGAGAGACCCCUCCCAGUCCUCCGCAGGAAGGGGAGGAGGGCCCCGGGCUGUCGAGAUCAGGAGAGGCGGGGCUGGGGGGACAGGAACGGUAGGGAGCCCUCUUAGGGGCGGUUAGCUUAGUGAGCUUACCCCGCGGGAGCGGGGGAGCGCUAGAGGUAGUUGGGUAGAGCAGCCAGCAGGGGGCAGCGUGGGACCCAUAUCCCAGCCCCAGGCGGACCAGAGGUGGAGGGGGUGGAGGGCGUAGGAGGGUGGGCGGGCGCUACCCACCCAGCCCAGGGGAGUCACAGUGCCUUAGAAGUGGCAGGGGUGAGGAUCAAAGAACGGGGUCCCAGGGCUGGCAGAGGGCUGUGUCCCUGUUGAGGAGCCGCUCUGCCAGUCUUUGCUGGUCCAUAGGCGUGAGAGUUUAUUUUUGUACAAUGGGUGGGGGUGGGGGGCACUGUACCCUUCUAGCCCCUUCAGGGGCCCUGUAGACGUCGCUAUUUUUGGUACGAUUACUGUCAUCCCUGUCGCAGAGUUGUGUCCCCAAUAAACAGGUGUCUUGAGGCACAGG